AUGAAGAAUCGCGCUAUUCUUGCACCAUUGAACGACGAUAAGGACAAGAUCAACGAGCAGAUUAUCGCUAUGCUUCCAGGCGAAGAGAAGACAUACACAAGUUUCGACUCGGUAAAGGAUCAACAUGAAGGGGGAAUUCAAUUCGCGCCUGAAUUCCUGAACUCGAUCAACAUCGCCGACUUGCCUCCACACAAUCUGAAGCUCAAGAAGAACGCCAUCAUCAUGCUUCUCCGAAACUUGGACGUCUCUGAAGGAAUGUGCAACGGAACACGAUUGAUUGUCACCGAACUUUGCAACAACAUCAUCAAGGCUAAGAUCAUCACCGGUGAACACGCAGGCCGACAAGUACACCUUCCAAGGAUCACGCUCGACUCCAGCAAAUCACAGCUUGGCGCAACUAUGCAACGGCACCAAUUCCCAGUUACUCCAGCAUUCGCCAUUACGAUACACAAGUCACAAGGCCAAACAUUCGAAUUCGUCGGCGUGCUUCUCCUCACGACGGUCUUCGUGCACGGAAUGCUCUACGUCGCGUUUUCAAGAGUCAAGCGUCAAAGUGCGUUGAAGGUCCUGCUGCCUCCUGAGAAUCCAACCCACACCCGAAACGUCGUAUGGAAGGAAGUCCUGAACAAGAGAAACUCACCAGCCGCACCUGCCUCUCCGACAAGAAACUACCUGGACAACAUGGAAGACUUCGCAAUCGAUGAUUAA